CAUCACUCGAUGUGUCUUGGAAUUCCGUAACCAAGGCUUGUAAAUACUGAAAUCUGCUCAGAUCAUCUCGUCCUGUCUUAUUGUCUAUGUAUUCUUGAGACGAAAACAUGGUAAAAAAAACAACAGCACUUACGUCUAUCUGCCAAAUACUAAUAAUAUUCGUGCGCAAAUAUCUCACUCAUUUUCGCCGCCAUUUUGAUUUAUAAUUUUAUACUUCGUACUGUUACUGAUAUACUUUAUGUAAUUAAUUAUAUAAGUGUAUCAUAAAAUUGCAGGCUCAAGGUUUCGACAGCUGACGUCAGUGAUUCUAAACUUACUGCUACAUGAAGUAUUCAUACAGAAUUAGAGAUAUGGGUUGAAAUGGGCAGACAUAAACACAAUAAAGGGAAGAAAAGUGGAUGGAAAAACAAGACAAAAUGGGAAGAUGAAGCAUGUUGUUCUGCUGUAGAUAAACUGUCGUUGGAUGAAGGUAAUUUUUUUUGUGAAAUGGAAAAUUUUGUUAGAAAACCAGAUAAUUUAGAGUUAUAUUUGUUGCACAACUUGAUUUAAUUGUUGCCCAUGCAUUCAGGCCAGACUGCAUUUUCUGCACCGCACGCAUUUUUGACAGACACGCCCUUUUGAAUUUUUGACAGACGCACCCAUUUUCUUCCGCGCGUGUUUUGCAAACAAUGAAGUCUGGCAUUUAUACCAUUCCCACCAACUGAAUGAACUAUACAUGCGUAAAAACGCUCAGGUUGAUGCAAUAUUGAUGAAAACAGGAUUGAACAAUGUUUUGUUGCCCACAUUGUUCACAGUUGUCAACAAUAUUGAACACUAUUGUUACACCCGAUUCAGGCUCAACAAUAUUGUUCAGUAUUGUUGACAAGUGUGAACAAUGUGGACAGCAAAACAUUGUUCAGUCCUGUUGAGCAGUGGGCUCAGCAUUUUUUGCCGUGUACAUACACACGUAAAAAUUGAGAAAAUCAACAACUUGUUCCAGGUUGAUAUCAACAGGCGUGAAUAAGAUUGUGCUGCCCACUAUGAACAGUACUGUCAACAUGUUACAGCAUUGUUCAACUGUAACAACUUGGAACAACAUAUGGUUGACAACUUUUUUCAUAGUUGGCUGCACAACAUUGUUCACACCUGUCUAUAUCAACUUGGAACAACCUGUGCGUUUUUAGCCAUGUAUGAAGUGCAUUCUUGAAUUUACGGUUACAGCUCGUUACAUGUAUGAAGUGCAUUCUUGAACUUACGGUUACAGCUUGUUACAUGUAUGAAGUGCAUUACAGCAGGUUACAUGUAUGAAGUGCAUUCUUGAACUUACGGUUACAUGAACUUAUGGUUACAGCUCAACAACUGGCCUCUGUAGCUCAGUUGGUUAGAGCGCUGCACCGGAAUCGCAGGGCCGUAGGUUCAAUUCCUACCAGAGGACCUUGUGCUGCAUUUUUCGCCGUCGUUCCUGGUCACGUCUUAAAACGUAUAUAUAUACUCACUUGGAUUACAAACCCUAAGAACCGCAUUCAAAUAUUCUUGAAUAAAGUUCAGACAGGAAUUCACACUUGCACACAACAGCAUUAUCAAUUUGAUUAAUUCUUCUAUAAGGCCACAUAAAAAAAUAGUUGGUUAGCAUCCUCGCCUGCCCGCAAAAAGGGUCCCGCUCAGGAUUUUUUAUUUAUUUAUUUAAAAAAAACAACUUUUAUUGGCCAACAGGCUUUAAUAUCUGUAGUAUUUCUGUUAAGUCAAUUGCAUUUAAAUGCAAGAUAUUAACUUCUGGAAUAUAAAGCAUGCGAAAAUGACAGUAUGAAUCAUAUGCUGAAAUAUAUAAAAAAGUUUAAACUAUCUGUAGUACUGCACAAGAUAAUCCCAUUUUGGACCUAAAACCAAGGCGUAUAAUAAUAAAAAAUAGUAUAAAUUUAAAAAAAAAAGCAGCCUGCCCGCCCACCUUUUUGGCAAAAGCUAAGGAUGCUAACCAACUAUUUUUUGAGUAUGAACAGAUCGAUUACAGAUUAUUAUUAUAUAAUGAUGAUUAUUUGAUGAUCGCUGGUCCCAAUGUAAUUGGGGGCUGUCAACAAAUAAAUUUCGGUCUUGAAUCCGUAAGGGGGGUGAAGCAACGCAGAACAAGUCCGCGAUUGAUGCACAAAAUUUAUAUGUGAAUGUACCCUUAUGUGAAAGUGAAACAAGGUUUUCUCAAGACUUAUAAUCAGUAUAGAGUCAAGAGAACGCUGUAAAAUCAAUUCAGUGUUAUUAAUGUCUAUUAGGCCACAUAAAAUAAAUUCCUUGAUUCUCAUCACUACAGUAGACUUUGAAAAUGUCGAAGAGCCGGGAGGUUUAUAUUUUAUAUUUUAUAUUUAUAUAAUUUAUCACAAUAAAUAAAAAACUGAUAAUUCCUAACAUGUUUCUGCACAUAUGAAUAAAUGAACAUAUUUCUCCACGAACAAUCACUGAACCCUUCAACUGAAUGCGAAGUUCUGUUAAAAUGCAAUGAAAUUUCUUUCAAGACUUCUAUUUGUUUGAAAUUGGCAGUAAAAACCCAAUUUUAAAUAUAAAAAACUUAACUGUCUUGAAAUAUUUUGUCGGGCGGUUCAUUUAUAUUGUAUAACAAAAUAUAAAAAAAUUUCACACAGCUCUUAAAAUACAGUCAGGCGGUGAUGAGAAUCAAGAAAUUUAUUUUAUGUGGCCUUAAAGACAUUGGUGACAUAUAAAUACAUGUACAUUAAUACAUUAUUCGAUAUGGCUAUAUCUACGGGCCCGUAAACAUGCUUCGCCAGGCUAUAUUUACGGUACUCUUGUUUUUAAUCUCCACAUGCAUGGCCUGUAUUUAUAGUUAAAGUCAAAUUAAAACCAAAAUAACCCAGAUACCUCCCAGCCCUAACCUCUAACCCCUAAAAAAUUAAAACUAUAUAGUCAGAAACCGACCCAACUCAGGUUCGAACCACGAAGUCAACUUAUAACACAGCAGCCAUUUGACUAUUCUUCUGAGCUGUUUUCCUUCGUAAACAAUACAUUUUAUAGUGCUGAUUGCGGUCAGUUAGUAUAUGAGAGUGCCAUAUUCUGGUGAAGUCUGUUUACGGGCCCGUAGAUAUAGCCACUUUGUACAUUGUUAUAUGUUGAUGUAUCUUCAAUUCAUCAAGGCAAAACAAAAUUGCAGGCGAACUUGGAAAUAUCAACCACAAUAGGGAUUUAUCAAAAUUGGGUUAAUUAUCUAGGGAUAUAUUAGCCAAUUAAAUUGCAAUGCACCCUUUGUUGUUAUUUUACUUUUAAUUGUCUAAUGCCAGAGAUUUUUAUUACAUUUUAAUUGGUUAACAGCGCAAUUUAGCCAGGCCGCUGUCCAACUGUUUUUAAUUAAAUAGCAACUUGCAUUCUUAGUAGUAUUUCUUUAACUGUUUUAGUGUUUACCUGCUACUUUAUCUAAUUGCAUAUGUUUCAGAGGUGUAACUUAACACUUGCCCAGGGCAAGUGGAUGUCAUGACGGGCAAGUGAACAUUUUAUCUUGCUUGCCCGAUUGGGCAAGUUGCCUUGCCACAAAUAGCUGGGAAUCUUUAAGUUAAUGUUUUUAUAGUGCAUGUACGCAUGUAUGAUUUCAAAUUUUGUUUUUUGUUGGCCAAAGCUACACCUGAGGCAGUAGAACAUAUAGCCAUAUAGAGCAGUGGGAGAACAGGUCGACAUGUAGUCCCCUUAAUUUAUACCCCCUACCAAGGUACCCCAGUGGCCAUGGUUUAUACCCCGUUUGAUGGCAAGUGAAUUUUAUUCAGAGCAACUAAUUUUCAUGUCCAACUUGCCGUUGUCAAAAACGAAGUUACGUACGUACAUCACAGGCGACUGUGUUUAGUCAUUUUUGUUGAAAAGACAUAAAUAAUGAGUAUAACAAUUAAUUUCAUGUGCCGUGUGCUUAUACCCUCUUCACGAAAAUGGCUUGCCACACCCACAGCAUUUUUUGGACGGGCAGUUUUGACACCCUGGCUAAAAGCCUGUCGGUGAAUAAUAAUUAGUUAUCAGUCAAUGUUAUUUUUUUAUUUUAGAACAACCUGGUGAAAACAAAAAAGAUUUUGGAAGAGGUUUUCCUUUUCCUCUGUUGAUGUGGGUAAGUUUUUAGCUGCAGGUUCAAGGGUGGAUUUUCAUUUUUUAAAGGAGGAGUGGAAAAAUUUCCAGUGGGGUGCAAGCGGCACCACUUAUAGCGAGCUUUGGCAGGGGGCAGGCGUUAGGGUUAAAGACUCACACAAAAUAGGAGGGGUGAAGUGAAAUUUUGGUGGGGUUGAACACUUUAUAAGAGGGGUUAGAGAGAUUCUAAGGGGGGUUAAUCCCCCUAACCCCCCCCCCCAGUAAAUCUGCCUGUGUGCAGAUUUAUAUCAAUUUUCUAAGCGAGCAAAUAUUUAAAAUCCUUUUUCUCUUAAGGAUCUUGGUCAUUGUGAUCCAAAGAAAUGCUCAGGACGUAAACUUGAUAGACUUGGUUUUGUACGAUCCCUAAAACUGUCCCAGAAAGCUCAUGGAAUUAUCCUAAGUCCCCUGGGACAGAAAUGUUUGUCUCCAGAGGACCACGAGAUAGUGGCUCAUUCAGGUGUAGCUGUGAUUGACUGUUCGUGGGCAAAACUGGAUGAAACUCCAUUUGGCAAAAUGAAAGGUGGACAUGCUAGACUGUUGCCAUAUUUGGUCGCUGCUAAUCCUAUCAAUUAUGGUCAUCCAUUUCGGCUGUCCUGUGUCGAAGCAUAUGCUGCUACACUGUACAUAACAGGUAUUAUAAUUAUGAUUGAUGGGUUUGUUUGUAUACCAUAUGCAAAUACUUGGAAAAGGUUUAUGGUUGUUUCAUACUCCUGCUUUUUCAUACCCUUACUGUAUCGUACCCAGGCUUUGUCGUUGAAAAAUCAUACCCAAGCUUAUAGUCGAUUUGUACUUGUCCUUAUGACAGUUUAUUGCCAAAGAUGUUCUUGUUGCUUUGUACUCGGAUUUUUAUGUGAAAAAAUCCAUUCGUUAUUACGUCGAAAAACAUAUUGGCAAAUAGCUUUGUAGUCAUCACUAACUCAGAAAAUGCAUGGAUUUGCUCUUUCACUCAAGUUCCAAAUUGUUGUGAUUGUUAUUUUUUCUGGCACAAAACAAACAGAUCAGGAGUGUUUUGGCAUUUUCUUCUAACACUUUGCUAAUUGGUGUAAAUGUAACCUAGUGAAGGUAGGGUGGAAUUAAGUCUGUAUAUAGUGCAGCUUAUUUAAAUAUGUUUUGUUGUCGUUUGACAAGUGCCCAUUCUCCCUACCCUUUUACAAGUAUACAAAUGUUCAGGUAAGGGUAGUGUCGGCAGAACAGAUUAUUUGCUAAUACGUUUUUGUUCUUGGUGACACUAUCCAAUAUAAGCAGAAUAGGGUCGGAACAGGCAGGUACAAAAGCCAGCUGGCUUAACCAGGUCGAUCAACUCUGCAUGAGGCAGGUAUAAAAAUCGCACAAACCUGAUCUCUAGUUCAUAUAUUAAAUCUUGUGGUACGAGUUGCAGAGAUCCCCCAUACCCCAAGACUCAAGAGGUUUUACCUAUGUAAUCCUAAGUCUCGCUACUUAUUUUCUUAAUAUCGCGAUCUUAAUAUGACAUAUGGUUAUUUCACUAAUCAGUUUAUCCUUUCUUUUAAAAGGGUUCAAAGACUUAGGCUUAGAAUUGUUGAAGCGAUUUAAAUGGGGAAAAGGGUUUUACGACCUGAACAGGUAUAUAAUGCAAACGAAAUAUAUUCAAACGAAAAAAGAUAGAAACUAAUAAUGUUAAUAGUUAAAACUAAUAUCGGUAAUCUCAGAAGUGGCCCAAGACCGAAUGUUGAGUAUUUUGGAAUUGGAAACUUAACAUUUGCACUGAUUUUUCAAUACUUAUAUGUCAAAGAAAUACUUGUUUUUCACAUUUUUGUUGGAGCAAAGCACAUUUCGGGUUUGACACUAAAUCCAUUGAACUCAGUUUAGCUUAUUUUUCUACCUUUAGUAUCGAUAGGGAGGGUUUAUCAACUUUUUUGUUUGAAGAUUGUCUUCGCUCCUCGGUUUGUUUUGGCGCGAAACGCGAGAACCGGAAGAUAUAAAUAUUAUUAAGUAACUUGUUAUUUUAAUGUUAUCUUAUAGUAAUCUUAAUUGAAACUGUGUGCUCAUUGUUUUUUAUGGUAUUUAUCGCAAUAUUAUCAAAUAUCGUGAUAAUUUCUUAGACGAUAAUCAUGAUAUGAUUUAUAUAGCCCAACUCUACUUGCAAAUGAAGAAUUAGUUUCGAUGAUGUAGAAACUAAAUCAUGUGGGAAAAAAGAUCAGCCGGCUGAGUUGACGAAAAUGUUUUGUGAUGCGAAGAUGGCGUCAUUAUUGUUGAAAAGAUCAACUGAGAUUUGAGUUAUGUUUUUCUCUAGAGAAUUACUGGAUAUUUACUCUUCCUGUAAGGACAGUGGCGAAGUUGUUGAAGCGCAAAAUAAAUGGAUGGAAGAUUUAAAAUUAAAGAAAAAACAACAGGAAGUUGAUGGUAAGCAUUAAGCAUUUUCAUGUCAACAUUUUCAUCUUUUUCAUCUGUUAAUAAAAUAAAUUAUCCCAGAUUUAUUUAUGCUGGACAGCUUUAAUGGUUCUGUCACACUAUUGCGUAUCGUACUAGCGUAUGCUAGCGUAUGGAAAAUAUCAAUCAUACGCUGGCAUACACUAGGGGUACGUUAGGCAUAGGUUGUAUGGGCUUCAAGCACGGUGGUAUACGCAUGGAUACGACGAGGCAGAAACAUUUUUUUAAGAAUGCUUAAAAAUUUUGUGCGGACGUAUGGUCUAUAUACGAUAAGCAUACUCUAGGCAUACCCUCAAUACGCUAUAUAGAUGUACGGUACUCAUAGGUUCAAUAAGGUAAGUAUAUGCACAAUUCUGUAUUUUCAAGGCCUUUUUGUGCGUAUGAAAAUUAUUUCAUUCAUUUUCAUACGCUACUCAUACGUUUCCCUUGUACGCAAUAGUGUGACAGGUCCUCAACGUAACAGUUCGAAAUUUUUUUCCCUAGAGGUUCAUGAGGGCAAGUUUAUUCAGGGGCGGAUUUAGCCUCACGUGCAAGGAGGGGUGCAGGUUUUUCAUGAGGUGAUGCACGAGGGAGCCUUACUGUCUACUCUUCUCUGCAGUCUGCAACUAUCUCAGCAUUGACAUUAUUUCAGAAGGCUGAAUUAUAUGCAUGUUUGCCGUUCUGUUACGUUUUACAUUAUCUUUUGUUUGUAAAUUUAACAGUUGAAGGAGCUGCGCUAGUGCUGACGCUUUGGGUCGUGAAUAUUGUUCGACCGAGCUUUGCUGAUUAAUUCACUCAAAAGUAGCGAGCAAAAUCAUGACUAGUCUUUCAAUUAACAGAUUACGACAUGACAACAAUCGAUGAUUCAAAGGAACAUUGGAAUCCAAAUCGGAAUUUUGUUGAAGUAUCUUCCAGGUAAAACAAUAAUCCGUUAUUUACCUCAUGUACUUGGUGGCCAAAAUAUACCGCUGUUAAUUAUAUAUAAUAUAAUUAUAUAAUAUUAUAACGGUGUAUUAGUCUUUCAGAUUUUAUUGAAAAAAUUACCUGGAACUGCCUUAUGUGUUAUAUUUCUCAUGGAAAUAAAAUAUCUCAUUCUCCAAAUUAUUACCAACAUGCAGUCACUGGCCGCUAAAUAAUGCGAAAUUGUGGAUCUUCAGAAGAAAUAAUAAAUUUCAAAAUCUACGGUACUUUUCUGGUUUUAUACAUGUAAUAUAUUGUAUAACAAAUGUAAAUUUCGAGCUCGGGGGGGGGGGGCGACAAGAUUGGUUUGCGGAGUUGCGAGUGGAUUUUGGUAAUUUAUUGUACGUUAUCCAUUUGCUGUAUUUUAUAUCACCUGAUUUGAUAAUUGGCCCUAAAAACACCGGGGCAUAUGGCCUUAAAAAUUGUCGCCAUUAUUUUUAAGUGAAGAGGAAUCAAGUGGUGAUGGAAGUGAAACAGAAAGUGCUGGAGAAAGCGAAGAAGAGAAAGAAAAUAUAGAAAAAGAAGAAGUUGAAAAUAAAGAUAUUGAAGCAAAAGAAGAAGAAAGCUAGAAAGAGUGGAUAUUUCAUGGAGGUAAAAAUUAUAUUGAUAAUUUAAUCCAAAUCAUAAAAGAUAACACUGUAGACUCUGAAACUUUCAUAUUGAAUUUCAAGAUUUUAACCUAUCUGGGUCGUAUGCCUCGGGUCUUGAAGGAUAAUUUGUUUAUCUAUAAGUUGUGUAUAAAUAUGCCAUUGUAGAUUAACUUCAAGAAAAUCAGAUAUUUCUAUGCACGUAGUCACUAACGCCAGAUUUUGGUGGAAAUUCUGGGUGAGGUCGAAAAAUAUUUAGCGGAGGUAUAGCGGUCUGGUUCACAGCCCCAAUGAAACAUAGGAUUUUAAUAGAACGUACCCUCCUAACGUCAUCUACGUGACGUAUGCAUGCAUGUACUACCACUGUACAUUACGACUCAUCCAAUUUUGCCCUUCAUGAUACAAAGUUUCUUUCGAAACAUUGCGUUAAAAGGGUACUUGCAUGGUUAUCAAUUAUACAGAAAAACAUUCGCACAAAGUGUAGACCCUUUGAAAGCAACAUAUAAAAAUUUGUCAAGUUUUCACAUUUAUCUAUCAUUUAACUUUUGUGCAGACCUUUUAGGGGAGGCGCGAACCUCCCCUCACGAUCCCACAUCGAACCUCCCCACACCUCCCCUCAAAAUCCGACCGUGGUAGUCACCAAGUUUUCUUGACAAAACCAAAAUCGACUUCGUUCCCAGUGUUUUCCAACUGGCAUGGUUCGUUAAUAUAGAAUAUCCCUGCCAGGAUAAAUCGCGCUAUUCUGGGUAGUUGGCCUGGAUAGUUGGUCUUGUGUAGUUGUGUACGGCUAACCGCUAAGGCUAAUCGAUGAACCAAAAACCAAUGUUUUUAAUAAAAACCGAUUUAAGCGAUGUUGCUUUCGCACCAAAGAGACAAAUAAUGCUAAGUACAAUAGUGAAAGUAUUAUUAAAGACCAUG